AUGCCAAGAAACCAAUUCGAGCCUCUGAUCCAUCUUCAGGACCGCAAGUCUCGGUGGUUCGCCAACCGCCAUUCCCGACGUAGGAGAGCAAGGGAGAACAAGAGAAAGGAACUCGUUGAUUUUCAACUUGCUACUCUGGAUGCUGACCUGUCGACUCGCUUUGAUCAUGUCAUCAGGACGAACAAGCACAACCCCCAUGUUCAGCUACCUGACCUCAACCUCUCGCCUAUGCAAAUGGUCAAGUGGCAACCUCCAGUAAUCCCUCCGGCACCUACACCUGCCCCUCACCUCCAACAUAUUUCCGGCACAGAGUGGUCAAACCUUGAGAUCAAGUUCUCUCCGCUAGCCAGGAAGACUUCACUUGCUCCAUGUCCAUCCCCACCGAUGUCUUUCAUGACUGCGGCCGAGCUCGGUCUUCUCACGCCAUUGACGCCCAAAGUGUGCCUACCAGAACUUAUCGACGGUCCACAAGUUGCUGCCACUGCUUCAGCCGACACCUCGAUUGUAAAGCCGUGGAUGUGUGUUCCUCCUGCCACUGCAUGCACCAGCCAGGAUCUAAUUCCUACUUCGGACGCACCAGAAGAUUUUGAUAUCAGCUCAUCAUUUGUGGCUGCAAAGUUGCCACGUUUCCGUGAUAUUGAUUUAUUCGAUCUGACCAUCCCCUCGGCUCUUGACGUCAAGCCAAGCACAUACGAUUACUCCGAGUCGCCAUCACAACCAACAAGAUGUACCCUGUAUCACGGAAAAGAUAGCCACGAUACUGAGCAACCCUCCUUGGAUACGUCCCAGUCUCUACGUAGGUGUGAAGAAGGCAGAAUGCCAGGUCUUGUAUACAGCGAAUCGGUCGACUCUCAAGCCUUCACUCUUGACGUCGAUUGGUCUGACGGACCCAUCGUGGACUGGCCUUACGAUGUUGUUGGUGACUGGAAUGAUGCACCCUUCCUUGACUGGAACGGUGAGCCUUUAGCAGAUUGGGUUGACGAACCUAUCGACGAUUGUUUCGAUGAUCUUGUCAUGAUCGAAUCUGACGACGAAACCUUUGACUGGACCUUCUUGUCUGAAAACAGAGCUCUGAGUGAUUGCGUCUCGACUCUUAGCUCUGCGUUCUCGAGCAUGGAAGUCCUUCCGCUGCCAUUGAGAGACUCUUUCAUGGAAGAUGGUUCUGCAUACGAAGAACCUGUUCGCGAGCUGGCUGAGCAUGGAACGAACAUGCGCAGAGUAUCAAAAUCAGCCUGGGAGUCCGAGUUCGACUUUUGUAUUCCUGCUUUCUUCUAG